AUGGGGUCUAAUUCGGGUCUACAGACCUUUCAGGAGAAUGACUGUUUAGUACCUGCUCGUAUCCAAUCUUUGACCAACAGCAUCCAGUUUCUUGUGUAUGACCUCAGCGUCAUGGAUGCGAAUAAUACCUUACAGGAAAUCCACGAGGCUCUCUUCCCAGAAAUACACGUAGUUGCAUCUCUGAGUCAUAACCAUAUGACCGAGUUGAUGAAAAUGACAUCUUUGUACACCGCGAAAUCCACAAACAAUGGAACAACGCAGUAUGAAGGAUAUGCAAUAGAUAUUUUGGACACCAUCUCCGCUGUCCUUAAUUUUAGUUACAGUAUGACUGAACCACAGGAUCAGUCUUGGGGACUUCCUGUCAACGGAACCUAUGAUGGAAUUGUGAGGCAGCUAAACAGAACGGAAGUUGACCUUUCCGCUUGUGACCUAAUAAUAAAUGAAGGCCGAUCGGAUUUCAUGGAAUACAUUUACCCGCCGAUCCGGACAGAGUACAUUGACGUGGUGUACAAGAGGCAUGAUAAACAACGUACUACUUCUCUGUUCCUUCUGGCGCUCCCACUCAGGCCUAUGGUGUACCUCAUUUUGUUCCUAAUGGCAGGAUUAUGUCCACUGUUGUUGGCUGUGUUUGAAAGUGUGGAUUUCGGCUGGAACGAAACAGCUGCAGGCUCUGGCGAUGUGGGUGUUACUUAUGUGAAAAAGGUGAAACAGAAUCUGCUUAGUGCUUGCUGGGAGGUCACCGCAUCUCUGUUCAAGCAGGGUAUGUACAAAAUGAAGUGCAUCACGAUUUAG